UCCAUCUGACAAAAACUAAUAAAAAGAAUAUAUAUAUAUAGUCCUAUGUAUUUCGAAUGUGUUUUUACAUUUAAGAUAAUACAGAUAAAAACUAUUUGGGGCAUAUUUUAAUUGUGGAUUUAGCAGCCUAUCUGCAUCCUUUUUUUUUUUUUAAAUGUCUCUUACAUUGCUUUUUUGUGCUCCUCGUCUGUUGACCUGAUCAUUUCUCCUUUUUUUGUUGCUAGUUUUAUCUUUUUUCUUUAUCUCUUGAUUUUCAGCAUAAUGGCACUGCUCUUGUUUAUUUGUGUCUGAUUGUGUUGCAGCAUCUUCCCACCAUUGUUUAUUGAACUCCAUCCUUCAUCUUUGUAUACAAAUUCCCUGUCUUGUUUUGUAUAUUUGUCCUUGUGCUAAUAAAAAUAAAAAAAUAAAAAAAUAAAAAGCAGAAGACCGUCAGGCAUUAAAUCUCGCCCAUUAUCGCGAGAUUACGGAUGAAGCGCGAGGUCAAGGGUGAAGAGCUCCGCACACAGGUUUUGGGCUAGUCUACUAGUCUAGCAUCAGCAAACAUGGUUAUGGAUAUCAGAAAGUGGCGUAAUGCUAAAGGAAAUUCAAAUUACAAAAAUAAAUAUAGGCUACGUCCGGCUUGGAAUCGGGAGAAAGACAAAUUGUGGGAGGAGGAGACGAAAUCACGCUAGUUAGCUAACUAAUGUUAGCCUAGCUGUCAUCGGUUCACGGACUGCGGUCAAGCCAGCUCCCACGUUGUUUUGCGGUACGUGUCUAUCCUAGGCAUUACGGUAAGAGCGUGUCUAUCCUAGGCAUUACGGUAAGAGCGUGUCUAUCCUAGGCAUUACGGUAAGAGCGUGUCUAUCCUAGGCAUUACUGUAAGAGCGUGUCUAUCCUAGGCAUUACGGUAAGAGCGUGUCUAUCCUAGGCAUUACGGUAAGAGCGUGUCUAUCCUAGGCAUUACGGUAAGAGCGUGUCUAUCCUAGGCAUUACGGUAAGAGCGUGUCUAUCCUAGGCAUUACGGUAAGAGCGUGUCUAUCCUAGGCAUUACGGUAAGAGCGUGUCUAUCCUAGGCAUUACGGUAAGAGCGUAUAUUAGAAUAUUAGGACAUUCUGAUGUAGAAUUUCAAAAUUAAAGCCUUUAAAAAAUCUUAAAUAUGGGCUAUCUUCACUGUAAGUGAGUAAGUAAUGUGUAAGCAGUUUGUCAGUGCACCACAACUUCAGCCUCCAGGUGGUCUUAGGAAGGAGUAUUGAGGAACAUCUUCACUGACCACCAUCCAGGUUGAGGUUGCACCUGGAGCAGCUGGCCUUCCAGAGACGCGAAUGCCCGAAUGAAUGGAAAGACAAAGUCCUCAGGAGAUUCUGCACCGAGACGCGUGGCCUGCAGCUCUUCUAACGAGAUGUCGGGUACGGGAGAAGAUAUUUCUCAGGUGCACUGGAAGCAGCAGUGGUUGGAAAAUGGUACGCUGUACUUCCAUGUGUCCAUGACCGAGUCUGAGCUUCUAGCCCAGACGACACAACCUUCAGCCCGGGAGCCUGCUCACGCCCUACACGAACACAUGCAUCUGCUGCACAUCUCAGUUAUGGGAGGCCUCAUCGCCCUCCUCCUCCUAAUCCUCCUCUUCACCCUCGUCCUGUACACCCGCCACCGGUGGUGCAAGCGUCGCCGCAUCCCCCAGAAGAGCGCCAGCACCGAGGCCACCCACGAGAUCCACUACAUCCCCUCGGUCCUGCUCGGACCCCAGGGCCGCGACAGCUACCGGGGCUCUCGAGGCACGCACCAGCACGGGAGCUCCGUCAUCGGCAUGCCCAUCCGGGAAACCCCCAUUCUCGACGACUACGACUGCAGCGACGAGGACCCGGGCGGACACUCGCUCAACUCCACGCCCAACCAGCUCCACACCACCAAGCUGUGCGACGGGAAGAUCCAGGAGGACUACGGGGUCAACAUCGGCAUCGGGGGACACACGGACAUGAUGUGCAAGGACAACGAGAUAAAGCAUAAUUUUGAAAAACGAGCCAUUGACCCAAACACGGAGUCAGUAGAGGAUUUAAUGCAGAGGUUCCAGGACAGUUUCCGUGUUCCCAACACGCCGACAGACAUGUCUCACUACCAGCACGUCAUGCACAGCUCGUCCACGGGCCGCCGGAGGGUCCCCAGCCACACCAGAGCUCCCGGAGGCGUGUUCGGUCCUCAAGGGGAAUCAGGGUCAGAGCCUGAAGAUGACAGCCAGAUGAAGUUUUACACAGAGCACAGAGGACGAAGGCGCAGCAAAGGCCACCCACACAGCCCUCUAAAUAAGGUCACCCUGACGUUGAUUACCAUCAGCACGUGUGUCAUUGCCAUUGUCUACGCUACGCAGGAUUCCUGCCCUCUCACUGUCAAGGUUACCCUCCAUGUGCCUGAGCAUUUCGUCGCGGACGGAAGUAGUUUUGUGGUGAGCAUGGGCAGCUUCCUAGAUGUUUCCAAUUGGCUGAACCCAGCCAAGCUAACCCUCUACUAUCAGACCAAUUCAUCCACACAAUGGGUCCUGGACUACUGCGGCCAGAGGACCACUGAGCCCUGCGAGCAGAUCUGUGAUCAGGACACAGGAGAAUGCAGCUGUCAUGAGGGUUAUUCCCCUGAUCCUGUCCAUAAACACCUCUGCGUUCGCAGCGACUGGGGUCGGAACGAAGGUCCUUGGCCAUACGCUAACCUGGAGAAAGGCUACGACCUAGUGACAGGGGAGCAGGCCCCAGAGACGAUCUUCAGAUCAUUCUACAGUCUGGGCCAAGGACUGUGGCUGCCAGUCAGUAAGAGCUUUGUGGUGCCACCGGUGGAACUGUCAAUCAACCCCAUCGCCAGCUGUAAGACGGACGUGCUGGUUACCGAAGAUCCAGGAGAGGUCAGGGAAGAGGCCAUGAUGUCCACUUACUUUGAGACAGUGGAGGACCUACUGGCAUCUUUCGGGCCCGUCCGUGACUGCUCCAAAGAUAAUGGUGGUUGCAAGAAGAAUUUCAAGUGUGUGACUGACAGACAGUUGGAGUCAUCCGGCUGCAUGUGUCCUGAGGGGCUGAGGCCAAUGAAGGAUGGCUCAGGUUGCUAUGACUACUCUAGGGGCAUUGACUGCACGGAUGGCUUCAAUGGAGGCUGCGAACAGCUGUGUCUCCAGCAGCUCGUGCCCCUCGAAGAUGACCCCAGCUCCAGCAACGUGCUCAUGUUUUGCGGGUGUGUGCAGGAGUACAAACUGGCAGGGGACGGGCGCUCCUGCCUCCUGCUGUCAGACAACUGUGAGGGACCAAAAUGCCCAAGGCAGGAUGUCCGCUUCAAUGACACCCUGUUUGGUGAGAUGCUGCAUGGAUACAACAACAAAACCCAGCAAGUCAACUUGGGACAGAUAUUCCAAAUGACCUUCCGGGACAACAACUUCAUCAAGGACUUCCCCCAGCUGGCCGACGGCCUCAUGGUCAUCCCCUUACCAGUAGAGGAACAAUGUCGAGGGGUGUUGUCCGAGCCACUGCCCAACCUGCUGCUCCUCACAGGGGAGGCCCAGUUCAGUGAGGCAGUGGGCUAUCCUAUGGUUCAACAGUGGAGAGUGCGCAGCAAUCUGUACAAAGUCAAACUCAGCUCCAUCACCUUAUCGACAGGCUUCUCUAAGGUGCUGAAGACGCUGUCAGCGGAAAGCACACGCGAGGAGCUGCUGGCUUUCCUCCAGCAGUACGGCAGCCACUACGUGUCCGAGGCCCUGUACGGCUCCGAGCUCAGCUGCAACAUCUACUUCCCCAGCAAGAAGGCCCAGCAGCAGCUCUGGCUGCAGUACCAGAAAGAGGCAACAGACCAGGGGGUCGGCGGAGGCGGGCGGCGUGAGCUGAAGUCGGUUCCCUUCAUCAGCUACCUGUCGGCGCUGCAGAAGAGCCAGCUGCUGUCUGACGACAUGGUGAACGGCGUGGAGAUCCGCUGCGAGGAGAAGGGCAGCUGUCCAGCUGGCUGCCACCUGUGCCACCACCAGGCCACGAUGGGGGGAGUGUCGGCAAGAGGCCGCGCUGGUAACAGCAGGAGUGGAGAGCAGCCUUCCCCCAUCCCUGUGCUGCUGGAAGUCAGCCGCGUGGUGCCCCUCUACAACCUGGUCCAAGACAACGUCACCAAAGAGGCCUUCAAGAGCGCCACGAUGAGCUCAUACUGGUGUGCUGGAAAGGGCGAUGUCAUUGAUAACUGGUGUCGCUGUGACCUGAGUGCCUUCAGCAAAGACGGCCUGCCUAACUGCAGUCCCCUCAGGCAGCCGAUUUUGCGCCUAGCCCCUUACCUGGAGCCCUCAAGCACAAUGGUGGCCCUGGAGUGGAUGGAUGUGGAGCCUCUGAUUGGCUGCAAAGUUUCAGACUACAUCGUCCAACAUAAACGAGUGGAGGAUCCCUCAGAGGCAGAGGUCUACACAGGUGAAGUUCUGAGCUUGGUGGACGAUCUGUUCUCCGGUUUGGGUUCUGCCUGUGUCGUCGCCGGGAAGAGGACUGGAGACCAUCCUCACUCUGUGCUAUAUUCAGUGGUCUUCAAGUGCCUGGAACCCGACAGUCUCUACAAGUUUACUCUCCAUGCGGUGGAUAGCCGAGGCAGCCACUCCGAGUCCAGCUUCGUCUCGGUACGGACAUCCUGUCCGAUGGUGGACGACAGCCGAGCUGAAGAGAUAGCAGACAAGGUGUACAACUUGUAUAACGGCUACACCAGUGGCAAGGAGCAGCAGAUGGCCUACAACACGCUGAUGGAGAUCACUCCGCCGCUGCUAUACAGAGUCCAGCACCACUACAAUUCCCACUAUGAGAAGUUUGGAGAUUUCGUGUGGCGUAGCGAGGACGAGCUGGGCCCCAGAAAAGCCAACCUGAUUCUACAUCGGGUGGAGAAGAUCAGCCACUACUGCCGGUCCCUCCUGCGCAGCACCCACAUCCAGAGCCGUACCGACACCAUGGCCUACGUCUACUGCCGGAGUGAAGAGGGCCGACCUCCCAGCAACGCCUGGCACGGCUCCUUACAUGAAAGUCGCACCACCUGCAUGGAGAAGCUCAUUUCUGUACAGCGUAACACAUACAGCAACACCAAACUCCGAUGAGACACGAGUUUGGAUACGGAUGUGCGGUUUUUGCUUAUUUUUUUUUUCCUGCAAAAUGACAUCAAUGAUUGAUGUACCUCGUCACCCACUCUGCAGCAGGUGUCUCUCAAGUGACUGGUCUAUUUUGAAAACCAGGAGAGCCUAAAAAAACCUCAGAAUUCACUGGACAUUGUGUUAAAGCUACCGAAAAACAUUUGUGUGGCUUACUUUUAUUGUAAGACAAUAGAGGGGGAAAAAAACAAACCUGGAGCGAACAUAGUUCUCAACUGCAAAAUGCCAGUGACCGCACAUAUCAAUGAGAAACUACAGUGUGAACAUGUAAAUUAUAAUUCAGCCAAGAGGAAAAACUGGUUGGUUUCAAUACCUUGAAUGUAAUAUUGUAGUUCCUUUUCGGUGCUUUGAAGCUUACCUGGAACACUUAAGAGAGAAAAAAAAAGGAAAAAUCAAUAGCAUAACGUAUUUGCCUUUACUACCUUCAUUUGAAAGAAGAAAUGUGUUAAAGCCAUUUGAAAAAUCACUUUGUUUUCAAGUUCCCAUUAAUUAAAAAAAAAAAUAAAGCUUUUCUUCAUGAAUGAAAUAAGUGAGAAACGAUGUAGUUAGUCUUGUUUUACAUUUGAUAGAUUCAAUUGAAAUAGCAAGGCUUUGUGUGGUAAAAGGGUUGACUAAUAGGCUUCUAUCAGUCUGUUGAAAUUAUGCAAAGAGAGUGGGUGGCAUUUAAACAUCAUAUUCAUUCAUAAACUCUGAUUUCAGUGCAGAAAUCUAGGAAUCCUUUUUUGUCAUCUCUUUUAAAUACCACGGAAAAUUAACUGAUUUCAAGGACAUUUAUUUCUCAGACUAGAAAUGGACCUGAACAGUGGAUUAUGCACCCAAGACAAAAAAAAAAUGCAAUGCUUUUGCCACACUGAUGUCUUUAAAGUAAAUGCUUUUCAUAAUUUUGUUGGUUUUUGGUAUGUGACUAAACGCACCAACUGUAUUGAAACAAAGAAAUCUGAUGCUGUAGCUAGAUUUAACGAUUUCUGCAAGAUCACAUAAUGUGUUUGUAAUUUGUAAGAUUACAAAUUAUCAAGGUAAUGUGACUUUUGUCAUCAUGGCAGAAGUCAUGUAGUUCUGCUAAAAAAAAGAAAAUAGGUUUGGCGUAAUACACAGUUAAGAGGCGCAGUACUAGACGUGACAUUACAGUCGCGAUAUGGUAAUAAUAUGAUCAUACGAGUGAUUGAAAAUCAAACCUAAAAGUGAAUAUAACACAUAUAACAUAUUCACUUUUAGGAUAAUAUGAUGUUUGCUCAUUUAUGUGCACUUAUAGACAAUAUAGCAGGAUAAUAGGAUAAUCAUUUUUCAGCUGCCCAAAACAGUUUGUGAUGAACCGACUGUAAACAUGUGGUACUGUCCACUGAAUUGUGAAGUAUCAGUGAUUGUAGGGAUCACCUGUGGUCCUUUUAAUCAUCUUAUUUUUCCGUCCAAUGUCAUAUCUUCAAUGCCAUGGAUCUUGUUUCAAUGAAGAUAAACAAUGCCUUUUUUUCAAUAUUUACAUCUCAUAUUAUAUGAAUUGUAAAAUAAUAAAUUAUAUUGUAAAUUUUAAAUUGUAAAAAAAAGUAUGUAUUAUGUGGCUUUGGUUGUCUUUUUCUGAAGAAUGUGAAAUAUUAAAAAUGUAUAUUAAA